UAUUUUAUAGAAUCCAGAACCCUUUCCCAAAUGUAUAGAUGAGCUUUUGCUCUCUUUUAUGCACAUGUAUGUUUUUCCUUUACUGCCUUAUUUUCUCUGAAUCGCUUUUCAUCGUUUACUUUACUUUGAAACGAUGCUUUCUCCCUUUCGCUCUGUUGACUUGCCCAAUUUAAGCGCUUGCCCUCUUUUCUCCUUUAUUACUGUAUCCAUGCUAUUUUGAAGUUGCUGCUCAUAAAUAGUUUGAUGGUCAGAAGAUGUAUCAACCAAUCCUUAUUCAACGCAACAUUCCCUAAAGCUGUACAGGAAUAUUCCCGUUUGGACUUACUGGCUGCUUGUUGUCUCUUCGCGAUGUUAAAGCUACUCUCUUCUCACAGACACCAAAUAUCAUUGUUUAGUAAGAGAGGUAUGGAUUCAAUGUAGAGCAAGAUGGCAAAGAUUACUACAACGGCCAUGAUGAUGAUAAAGUUAAUUGCGUCGAUGAAAGCGCUUCACUUCCAUAAUCCGUCGUGACAGGAGGUAGCACCUAUGCCAUUCCUUACUCUGAAGCCUGUUCUAU